AUGCCGACUUCGUAUCCUCCGUACCCUCCCGGCUUUGGGCAGCGAGAUGUCAUAUCGCGCGGAACGACCGGCCUCAUCGUGCUCGACGCACAAACGCAGACCAUCAUCAGGUGGCCGGAAAACGACCGCGACUGGCAGGGCAUCCAGCACGAGCGGCAAGUCUACGAGCAGCUCGACGCGCUGGGCGGCCACGAGGGGCUCUUGGGGUGCUACGGCUGCGAGGACACGUACGGGCUGCGCCUCGAAUACACCGCAUACCGCGACCUGCAGUCGCACAUCCGCUACAAGGGCAUCAACCAGCCGCUCGAGCUGCAGUGGAUGAUCCAGGUGGCGCGGGUGCUCGAGUUCAUCCACCGGCACGGCGUCAUCCACGGCAGCGUCGCGCUGCGACACGUCAUGCUCGACGCGGAGGGCAACGCCGCGCUCGGCGACUUUGCCUGGUGCUCGAUGCGCGGCUCGGGUCACCUCGCCGCCAAGUCGGCCGCGAGCCACGAGUACCCAGGCGACCGGCUCACCGUGCAGGGCGACCUGUUCGCCUUUGGCUCGGCCAUGUACGAGCUCGUCACGGGCAUGGAGCCCUUCGUCACCCUGCGCGACGAGGACAUCAGGGCGCGCUUCAGGAGAGGCGUGUUUCCCGACGUCGCGGCGCUGGGUGCCUUGGGUGCCAUCAUCUCCAAAUGCUGGACUACUGCCUACGAAAACACCAAGGACGUGGUGGACGCUCUCGAAGGUAAGGAUGGACUGGUAACGCGCCCCCAACGCGCGCACACUUGUUAA